AUGAGCCGGCCAGAUAACAGACACAACCAGAUGCUUAAAAAUGCAGAUCACUUGCACACAUUGGCUGUGAUGGAGACAGUUUUGGACGAAGAACUCGACAGGCUGGAAAAUGAGUAUGACUGGUGCUGCAGAAAAUAUGUCUACCUUCAGGCUCUGGACAGUGACUCUGCCUACCUGCGCCAUGUGGCCAUGCACAUACAGAAGUCGAGGGGCCUCAUAGACAUGUUGAGGCCACUACUAGAGGACACGUUUGAGGAGAAACUGAUCCUGAUGAGUGAGGUCAGGAGUCAACAGUUGCAAUGGAGAAAGGAGGACAGUCACCAACACUACCACAGCUUGGUCCAACAGCAUCAUCAUCAUCCUCAACAUACUCCACCUAAGAUGAGGAAAUUUCACUCAGGCAGUUCCAGUUGUUCUUUUGUGAAAAGAAAUAAAAACUUCAUCAUAUCGACUAAAAAGGUCAAAAGUAAAAAGUCACACCCUUAUUUGACUUCUCUGACCAGCAAAUCACAGAUGUCCAUGAACUUUAGAAAAAAGUAUAAGGGAAGUGUAAAGAUUUGCAACAGAUCAAAGUCAAAAGUAAAGAAAACAAGAAAUUUGCUUUCAAAGAAACUUCAAAGUCAUGAAAAAGUUAAUGUCUCGCAGCAUUCAAUACCUUCACAAAUCAGCAAAGAUGCAAGACAAGAACAAAAUAAUGUGCUUUCAAAUGUCACCAAUGAAAUGACUCAUUACAGUCACAUGAUCAGCCAUUCGAUGCUCCACCAAACAGCAAUUAAUCAACCAAUAGGGAUGGAAGAUUUCAGGCAUAGUAUAAGAAGACAUAUAUAUAGAUGUGAAAGGUCAAGAAAUUCUGACUUUUGUUUUUUUGGCAAUGAUCCAGAAGAUGAAACUUUGCAUAUUGGGAGAGUUGACUAG